GGCUCAAAGCAGGAAUACAUCAACAGUGUUCCGGUUUGGUAUCUAUAGCGCUUUGAAUUUUUUAUUUUUUUGUGUAGGUGGAGCCUAGAGCUGGCAGGCAGCAAACCUCCAGGUGGUUGUUAGUUACAGUACAAGCUUAACCGCUGUUUAGGUUGUCAGACGUGAAGCGAAGUCGGUCAGAUAUGACAGUGUUCAGCCAGAAAGAAACAAGACGAAGGCUUUCAGCAGCUCCUCAGACACCUGUGCUGACAAGACUGGAUGGCUUUUUCUAUGUUGGGUCGAAAGCGUCCUCUGUUUAGUGUAUGUAAAGAGCAGCAUCUCUGUAAGAAGACAUGUUUAACAUACUGGUCGGACAGAACUAUACAGCCUGCCGGGCUGACGACAAGCUAUGAUUCCAGCUGUAUACCUCAUACCUGUGUGAACAGGAGGACCACAUACCUGACUGAAACCACGAGGCUCUUUGAGCAAACCUUGCUCUGGUCUGACACACAAAACUCCUCAAAGAGAGUCUURGAGCAUCUCCGGUCCAGAAGAGCCAUCGGCGACGUCUUGUUCAGCGACUCGGUGAGCAGUAAAUUCUCAGCCUUUCGCAGAGACAUCACCGAGGAAUGUGGCGCAGAAGACAAACAGCACUCGUGGGCGGUGAUCGAGAAACGAGAGGAGCUCAUCAUGUACGGGCCUUACUACCCCAACUACAGCAUCGGAGAGCACAGUGAGGACAUCGUCAUCAGACAAACCCAGGAGCUUCUGAGCUCAGACUUUCCCAAGGACUGGAAGGUGUACAUUUUCACCGUGAACAGCCCAUGUUUGGCGAGAAACACCGAGCCGUGCAUGCUGAAGCUGAUCCAUAAGGCCUGGGAGUGGUGGAGCGUGUUUGGAGUGAAAACUCAUAUCGGCUACGUGAGAAGUUGGGGCUUCAAGGGAAACAAAGAAAACCUGUUCAAGGAACUCAGCUACAGGCAAACGGAAUGUAUCACUCAGAGUUCAGAUUAUGAGAAUUAUAUUAAAAGAGCCGAUAAGAUCCCUGAUCUUAAUCUUUUAUGCGAAACUCUGUUUUGGGUUGCUAAGGGCAUGCUGAGAUCUGAAAAGGAAAACUUUCCUAUGAUAACAGCUGWGCAGAAGCAGGACCGCAGGACUUUUUUCAAAAGCCUGUACGCCGUGCUUGAAUGCAAACAGGAAGAGGAGAAGAAACUCCUGACGAAGGAGUUGAACUCGAUGCUCAAAGCUGCGGAAGGCCUGCUCUCAGAGAAACAGGACAGCUUCGAGGCGCAUGCGGAGAAAGGAGAGAGGUUUUUGCUCGGCCACGCUUUUAGCUCAGAAGUAUGUGAAGCCCACCGGGAUGAACUGAGAGUCAGAUUUCAACAGUGCUGGAGGGAGAUUGUACAGGAUAGGUAUGCGGAAUCUGUCAGGGAGAAACUGACAGAUCUGUUUAAUCAAUGCACAACCCAGCUCUUCGUCAAAGAUUUUCAGAAAUUCACAGGACAGUAUUUGCAAAUUGGAAAAUUACAGCUUUAAGAUGAAAACUUAAGAAUCCGUAUACUUUGGGUUUUCCGUUUCGAAACAAAAUGGCUAAAAGAAAACAAUUUUUUCUGUUUUUACAACCUACGCUGAACAAAAUUUUAAACACUUUUGUGUUUGGUACCAUUUUUCAUGAGCUGAACUUCAAGAUGUAAGUUUUUUAUGUACACAACAAUAAACCUUCCUUCAAAAAUUG